AUGAGGUCGUUCAAAUUCACCUUCGUUUUCCUUUUGUUGGUAAUACUAGUAUCACUCGUUUCAGCAUACGCACCUGCGCGGAACACCGGGAUUGCCAUAAGAGCAGAUCCAGCCUCCUCCUCAGGUGACUCGAGCCAGACAGAUAAGCCGAGCCAGACAGGCGAGAAUAACAGUGAGGCCACGGGGUCAGACAGCCAGAGCAACAGCCAGAGCAGCAGUGACGAAAACAGCAGCAACAAAGAUAAACCCACCCCAACCGAUAAGAAUGGAAGCUCCAAGACGAGUGACAAGGGAACAAAGACGACCAAAAAGCCCAAGACUACGGUUGACCCCCGUCUCCCACCAGGUGGCAUUGUGAUGGUAACUCCUGGUCCUUUUGACUCAUCGACCUACGUUAAAAUCGGAGCAAAUGCUACAUUUGCGUGGAAUUACACCUCUCUCGAAAUUAAACCAAGUGCCGUUGACGUUGUUGCAUACUGCUCGAAGAACGACCAUUAUUACACCAUUGCUUCCAACCAGUCGGUUCAGGAAACCGGAAGCGCCGUUUGGGAUACCAACCCCUACAAAACUGCCUCUGUGCGCCUCUUAGUCGAACAUUAUACUCUGAUUGUACACGAUUCUAAGCGCGGCCCCACUGAUGCUGCCCCGGCUGGUGAACUGGGUGUCUCCAGGCCUUUCAUCUUUGGAGUUUACGAACCACAUGACAAUCCUAACCUCAAGAAACGGACUAUGGGCAGUGCUGCUAUCUCGACCACCGAUCGCCAAGCUGUCUGGUUCAUGAUGGGAAUGGUUGGAAUCACCAUUGCGUCAUUCACCUGGUUUGCCAGCGGACUAGGCUUAUUUGCCUAA